AUGCCUCUCCAGGUUUUACCACUCAGUGUUUCAGACUUUGAACAGCUUGUUCACCAUGCAGACUUCGGCGAGCCUGGGGAUGAUUGCGUAGCACCUCCUAAUCCAGUGGCAUGGCCCGUCACUACACGCUCUGAAGCACAGUUAAGGGCGCGCUGCGCCUUCUCUCUCCAGAAGCGCCGACUCUUAUGUGACCCUACUGUGCACUUCCUGAAGGUUGUUGACAAGAAAGAGGCUGGCAGCAAUACAGAUGAAGAUGAUAUCAUCGCCGUUGCUCGGUGGCAUCACUAUCCUCAAGGCUAUGAAUAUAAUCUCGAAGCAACUUGGGAGAUGGCUCCCGAAACCAUAACGCCUCUUUUGCCCUACAUGAUCGAUGAGACUUCAGACUCACUUCUGUCGUCCUAUCCACCACCCAACUUCAACCUCGCCUUGCACAAUUAUAUCCUCUCCGAACGCGACGCCUUUCGUUCCCAAUGGAUUCCACAACAGAAGCCAUGUUGGCUCUUGAUGCAUCUGGCGACACGUCCCAGCAAUCGAAUGCGUGGAGCGGCGUCCUUGCUAAUACGAUGGGGCCUCGCAAAGGCCACUGAGGCAAAUGAGCCUGCUUACUUGGAAGCUGGGGCAACUGCUAGGCCAAUCUAUGAGAAAUUUGGCUUCAAACAGGUUGGGGAGCUUAGAAAAUUGGAUUUGGGGUUCUAUGGGUUGGAUGCUUACUUUGAACUCUCGAAUAUGAAGUAUAAUCCGCAGGAAGCAAUUAGCAACGGCGAACCGACUUACCUGUAG